GUUGCUCGCGCCGCUUGCCGCCCGCUGGUCGCGGACUCAGCUUGCGGAUUGGACCAUCCGCGAAACGCGCGCCAUUCCAAGCUGCCCCCGCCGCGGGCGGGUGGGGCGCGUCCGCCGUCGGAAUCGCCGUCUGCAACCCACUCGAGUCCGCUUAGGGUGGCGGCUGCGCCGUGUCUCCGCUCGUCGCUGUUGUAUCACCUUAUGCUGCGCCCUUCUCCGACAUCGAGGGAUACGGUUGCCAAUGACUGCUGGGUCCUGCCUGGGGUCGGCGCUGCUCUUGGUUGCUGCUUGGAUCGAUGCCACAGCGGCUCGCCUUGGUGGUUCCAAAUGGACGCCCCAGGAAGUAGCGGCUUCUUUCUUCUCGUUUUCUUCGCUGUGGAACGCUGAGCCUGUCCCGACCCGGCUUGGCGAGGCUCGGUGGACUGACUCGGAGGUGCACGCUGGCUGGUCCUGGUGUUGGCAGGGUCAAGACGAGCUCCCGACUCCUCUGUGAUUGCUCGGAUAAGGGCUCGAUCCGAUACUUCUCGGAAGAGGCUGGGAAUGUCUGCCCGGCGCGGCGGUGC